AUGGAGAGUAUUCGUGACAACAAUGUACCCCGUGUGAGGAUUAAUCCUUUCGAACAACACGACGACGACCAAUUCAAAAAAAAUAGGAUAUCCACUGACCAAAUACUUACCUACCUAUGCUAUAAAUUAGUGGUUACGUUUCAGAUCCAAGAUGACAGUGGGGACAUGCAAGGCAUAUCACAACAAUCUAUAAGCAAGAUUGCGAGAAAUGUCGCGGAAGCGUUGGCGAAAAAAGCCCAUUUGUUCAUCAAUAUGCCGACAACAUUAGAGGCACAGCAGGAGACCAUGAGAGGAUUUAGAAGUAUAUGUGACUUCCCCACAGUCAUUGGAGCCAUAGACUGUACUCACAUAAAAAUAAGAAGAGUGGGUGGAGAUAUGAGUGAAGCCUAUGUGAAUCGCAAGGGCUAUUAUUCCAUCAAUGUCCAAGUUGUCUGCGAUUCAAAAUUAAAAAUCAGAGACAUAGUUGCACGGUGGAGGGGAAGCGCCCAUGAUUCCCGCAUAUUCAAUGAAAGCACGUUGAAGGAGAGGUUUGAACGUGGUGAGUUUCAUGGACGACUACUAGGAGACAGUGGCUAUGCGUGUACACCAUAUCUCUUUACGCCAGUGCUUAAUCCGAGCAAUGAUAGAGAGGAGUCUUACAACCGAGCCCAUAUAAGAACAAGGAAUACAAUCGAAAGGUGUUUCGGGUUAUGGAAACAAAGAUUCAGAUGCCUAUUGAGAGGAAUGUUCAUGAAAUUAAGUACGGCCAAAACAACUAUUGUAGCUUUGGCCGUACUUCACAGCAUUGCUAUAGACAUGAACGAAGAUUUAGAUAUUAUACGAUAUGAUCGUCAAAGCUCAAGAUCACAGACUCAGAGACCUACAGUAAGGGGUGCCGUAAUAAGACAACAAUUUAUUAAUCAACAUUUUAAUUAGCUACUAUAUUAACUUACUUAAUAAUAAUUGCACUUAAAAUGAAGAUGCUUGAAUAAAAGUUACUCUUUAAGUUUUUUUUUUAAUAGUUCUAUUUCUAUUUU